AGUCUGCAGUUUGCAUAUUGCAGUCGCCGAUUGGAAUACACUUGCUCGUAAGUAAACGGAUCUACCUGGUCUUGAAAGUAAGUGUAAGAGUGUAGAUGUAUGCACACUGUUGUCGUGGCAAUGGUGAAGCAAGUUGAGAGUUUUGUUUACUUAAUAAGCUUGGGGGGGGAGCGGCAGUGCGGCAGGCAUCGGGCGAUAAACCAAAUUGGAAGUUUGAAAAUCGAUCCUGACAGCCAACAAAGAUCCGAUCGGUUGAACGCCUUUGACAGGAGGAGAAAAAAACGUCCGGCCGAGUCAUUCCAUUGGUCUUUCUUUGGCCUGUGGACGCGUUUCAUAGGCCGCUCUAGAACGUGCAAGAAGGACCCCAAGAAAAGGAGUGACGGGUGGAUCUGAUCUGGCCCAGUUGGGUCCCGUUCGAUGGUCGAAAGAGGGACGAGAGGGACAAGAGGGGUAUGAUGUCAGAUUCUCUUUGGUUGGAAAGAGAGCCUCGCCCACCUGUCUACUGUGUACCACAACAAUGUUUUUUUUUCGGUAACUAUCUCUUUGC